CAUUUGCAAGCGGACAUUAUCUGCGGACAGAAUGGAUACUCGCCUUUCUAGUUGUUCAAGGUAUCGCUUCUUUCUUUCUCUCGAAGCCGCUGCAGAUUGUCUAUUUCUUUCAACCCUAUUUAACAUAUCUGUCAUUAAUUUAAAAGUAACAAACGCGUUUCUUCAACCUCUUUGCACGUUUGACUUCUCUGGCACCACUGUCCGUUGUUUCAUACGAAGAUGUAGCUGUAUGAGUUACAGUACUCAUGCAGUUAUAAUCGGCUUGGUCGGUGUUCUGCCGAGAAGCGUAGACAGGAUUUCUGCUAUUACAGCCAUAAUUUUCUUUGGAGUUAUCUACAAAUGUUUGAAGCUGUCCGUUGGAUAUCGAUUCUUUUUGUAUGUCGGAGACGUUCCCUUUGAUACAGAAAUAGAGUAUUGCGAGUUGGAGUUGAGAAGAAUUGGUGUGGAAUCCGCUUUAUAAUAAGAUGAAUAGAGCGGUCUUAGCUUAAACCGCAAUUUUUCA